AUGCAUUUAUCACUGCAUACGUAUGAUGUUGUUGCACUGAGUGAAACGUGGCUCACUGAGGAGGUUGAUGAUAGUACGGUUAACAUUAGUGAUUCUAAUUUUGUUCGAAGGGACAGAAAUGGUAAGAGAGGUGGAGGUGUUGCAGUUUAUGUUAAGAAAUAUCUUGGUCUUCGGGUUUUAUAUUCAUCUCCAUGUGAUUUUGAUAAUAAACCCGAGUAUAUUAUUAUUGAAAUUUCGAGUAAAGAUGUUAAGCCUUUACUUUUUGCUAAUACAUCUGACUCAAAUUAUGUAAGAGAUUUUUUUGAUUCUUUCAAUUUGUUUAUUGUGCCAUUCGCGGCAACUCAUCAUACGGCGAAUUCGUCAUCAUGGUUAGAUUUGUGUGUAGUGGAUGAUAAGGAUAAGCUGAUUGCAAUAUCUCAAUCUCAAGCUCCUUUUGUGGCGGAUCAUGAACUUAUAUCAAUAUCUUAUAGAUGGGAAUUUGAGAAUAAAACAUGCUCUACUAAAAGUUAUAGGAAUUUGUCUUUGAUUGAUGAUUGUACUUUUUUGUCAACUCUUCGUUCUUUUAAUUGGUCUUGUUUUAAUCAAUCACAAUCUGUUGACAACAAACAAUCUUUGAUUAGUGAAGCAAUCACUAGUGCGUUGGAUGAGCAUGCGCCCCUUCAUAACCAUGUAAUUCGAGGAAAAGUGUGUCCAUGGAUGAAUGAUGAGAUUCGGGAUCUAAUAUACCAAAGAGACUCUGCUUUUAGAGCUUGGAAGAGAGGAGGAAAUGCUUUAACAAGAAGUAAUUUUAAAAAACUUAGAAAUAAGGUAAAGUCUUUAGUUAAGCAAGCGCGUGAUAGGUACAACACUGGUAGACUAAAAAACAUAACGGAUUCGGAAAAACUUUGGAAGGAGUUAAGACGUAUUGGCAUUGCUAAAGAUAAAAGAGAUGAUUCUCCACUUAAUUUUAAUGUGAAUAUAAUUAAUGAUUACUUUUUAUCUGUUUGUGGAGACUCAUCUUUUAAUGUGACACCUUCCUUUAUUUCGAACUUGCUUGUUAAUUAUGAGUUUAAUGACGGUCUGUUUUUCUUUGAAGAUAUUUGUCCCUCUACAUUAUUAAAAGCUCUUAAAAGUAUCAAAACAGAGGCGCAGGGAUCUGAUGGACUGUCUAUAAGUUAUAUCAUGAAAGGAAUACCAGUGUUGUUUCCUUACGUGCUUGAUCUUUUUAAUAUGUCUUUACAGACUUCCAUUUUUCCGGAAGAUUGGAAGAGGGUUUUGAUUAAGCCUAUUGGAAAGGUAAAAGUUCCGCAGCAGCCGGGGGACUACAGACCUAUUGCUAUUCUUUCUUCAUUGUCAAAGGUUCUUGAAAAAGUUGUGUUUUACCAGUUGAAUAAAUUUGUUGAGACAAAUGAUGUUCUUAGCCCUUUUCAGUCUGGUUACAGAAAAGGGUUCAGUACACAAACACUCUUGGCUGGUGCAACUGAUGAUAUAUGUAAAGCGAUUGAUCAAAAGAAGGUAACCAUAGUGGUGUUCUUUGAUUUUAGUAAAGCUUUUGAUUCGGUACCUCAUACUAUCUUGCUAUCGAAACUAAAAGCCAUAGAAUCUCAAGAUAUUGGAGAUAGGAAGCCUUCUCAAUUUCUCCGUCAUCUCCGAGGUCCUGCAGGAUUAACAGUCACUGAUGCGAUGCUGAAAACUUUAUGGUCCGGACGACUUCCUGUCGCUAUGCAGCCGAUACUAGCCGUUCAAAAGGAUGCAAGUUUAGAUAAACUGGCUGAAAUGGCAGACCACAUUCAUGAUCUCACAAGGUCAAAGCCAAUUGUUGCAGAAACGUCCAGGAUCACAGAAGAUCUGGUGCAACAAUUUACCCGAGUCCUAACUUCUUUAAAAGAUAAGGUAAAAAAGUUGCGACUGGAAGUGUCGGAAAUCCGCGGUAAUAAUGGACCUCACAAGUCUCGCGCGCGCUCUCGAUCUCGCGGUAAUUAUGCAGCCGAAGGCGUCUGCUGGUACCACGCGCGUCAUGGACCGAACGCUACGAAGUGUACGACGCCGUGUUCGUACAAAGCGGGAAACGCGAAGGCCAGUGCUUAA